AUGGAAUGUGCGCAAAGCACGCCCAACACACUCACCCAAGGUUUUGGCUCCAAAUCAACUGUGUUCCCACUAUCCAACGAGACACAAUUCUCGUUCACCCUUCAGGGCACUCUGUCAUACUCUGAUGGCUAUGGAGCCAAUCCUGGAGAAGUGCUGACCGCUGCGGCCAACAUCACUCCGUCGGAUUUUGAGUCAUACUACCGCGCAUUUUACUACCUUGCAAAACACAUCUACAACACAUCUCAGCAAAUCGACUCCAAGAGAUACCCCGUCUCAGCACGCGAAGCGCUCUUCCGAAGUUCAACUUACUUCCGUUCUUCUCCGUUCUACCUGAUUGGGAACAUUUCUGACCCAAGACUCUACUCAACCUGGGAGCAACAAGUCACUGCCUUCAAUGAAGCAAUAUCCCUCCUCCCAGUGCCUGGUUACCGCAUCACACUCCCAGGCCCUGAAUUUCAAAUUCCAGUCAUUUUCUACCCAGCAUCGAAUGACGAUGUUGAGCGACCUACUAUUCUCGUAGGAUCUGGGUAUGAUGGUGCACAAGAAGAAUCCCUGCAUUACAUGGGCUUUGAAGCCCUCUCUCGUGGCUACAACUUUGCUACUUAUGAAGGACCUGGUCAGCCUACCGUGCGACGGGAUCAACAAAUAGGCUUUAUACCGCAGUGGGAAAAAGUCGUCACUCCAGUAGUAGAUUACCUCUCUUCUCAUCCAAAAGUUGAUGCUGAUGCCAUCGCUCUGGUUGGAAUCUCCUUUGGAGGCACAUUAGCACCCCUCGCGUCAGCACAUGAACAUCGACUCGCAGCGGAAUGGCCCUCCGACUUGAUCCAACAGUACAACCAUACGAAUUCGCAGAAUUGCUCUUCGUUCGAUGAAGCUGUUCUUGCUAUCGCGGCAAACUCUAGCUGGCCAACUUCUAUUCGUUGGUUCAUCAAUCAAGGACUCUGGGCUUUCAAUACGCGCUCUCCGUAUGAUUUACUUCAACAGUUUUCUCAGUAUACGCUGACUACGGAAUUACUGCGGGAUAUUACGUGUCCAGUUUUCGUGGGUAUGGGCUUGGAUGACUCGGCUAGUAUACAGGCUCCCAUGGUCGCGGAGGCUCUGGGCCAGAAUGCUACCUUGUUCAGGUUUGGAGCUGAUGUAGGCGCUGGCGAACAUUGUCAGAUUGGAGCUGAGAGUUUUUUUUGGCUCAGGUAA